CUCUCUUUUCUCUCAUUCAGUUCCCUUGAGAGCAAACCAAGAUGGAGAAGAAAAGAAGCAAACAGACUUCUCUAAUCCUGUGGGCUACUGUUGCUGCAUUACUCAUGCAGAAUUUGGUCAUUUCUUGUAGAACUCCUCCAAAAAAUUCGCGAACACCUCCAUCACAUGGCUCAGGAAGUGGUGGCUCUAGAAAAACACCUCCACAUGGGAGCAGUACCCGUGGCGGAAAAUCACAUGCUGGCUGUGAUAAUCCGCCAAGUGGAGGGGGCGGCGGACAUACUCCAACCCCAGCUCCUCCUUCGGGAGGAACUGGAGGUGGUUACUCUCCGCCAUCCCCUCCAAGUACCCCAUCCACACCGAGCACUCCGGAUAUCUCUGUACCAUCACCUCCAUUUGACCCUAAUUCACCACCUUCUGGAGGGGGCGGGUACUAUCCAUCCCCUCCAGCUGAUGGUGGAACCCCGCCAACUACUCCUAUCAUAAGCCCUGACACUCCUUCAACUCCAUUUGACCCCAAUUCACCACCUUCUGGAGGGGGCGGAUACUAUCCAUCCCCUCCAACUGAUAGUGGAACCCCACCAACUACGCCUAUCAUAAGCCCUAACACUCCGAGCAUUCCCGAUAUAUCCAUACCUUCAACUCCAUUUGACCCCAAUUCACCACCUUCUGGAGGGGGCAGGUACUACUCAUCCCCUCCAACUUAUGGUACCCCUACCACACCAAUUACUCCUAUCAUCGGCCCUGACACUCCGAGCAUCCCUGUUAUAUUCACUCCUUCAGCUCCAUUUGACCCCAAUUCACCACCUUUGGGCGGGUACUAUCCCUCCCCUCCAACUUUCCCUACACCUAGUACCCCCGGUAUUCCCAUAUUUUUCCCACCAACUACCCCCAUCAUCAACCCGGGCACCCCUGCUAUCUACAUACCUCCACCUCUAUUCGAUCCUAACUCACCACCUUUCUCGAUCGAUUACUGGAGGACUAACCCGGCUUUAAUAUGGGGCUUGUUUGGCUGGUGGGCAACUGUUGGUAGUGCAUUUGGUGUAGCUGCUGCUCCGGGGCUCGGAUCAAACUUCAACCUCCUGCAAGCACUUACAAACACUCGUUCCGAUGGUGUUGGAGAACUCUACAGAGAAGGUACAGCUUCCUUGCUGAACUCCAUGGUGAACAAGAAGUUUCCUUAUACUACCAAACAAGUUAGGGAAAAAUUUGUUGCAGCACUUAGUUCAAACAAGGCUGCUGCAGCUCAGGCAGCGCGAUUUAAGUUAGCCAACGAGGGUCCAUUCAAGCCUAGAGCUUGAAAUGAAGGCUCGUGUCAAUAAUUCUGAUUCUACGUAUGAACAUUUUC